UUGCAGCCUACAAUUCAAGUGUGCACCGGGAAAAACAUGAUAAGAAGGCUAUCUGGACAGUGAAUAUGGGAAACAAAACCUUACAGGCAUACAAAGGAUCCUAGAAUGGAAAAAUCUGAUCAAAUCUUUUGAUCAGUGACAACUUCAAGUGGAGUGUGUGGUUGUGUUGUUUCUUUUUCUCACCACAAUGUGUGAGGGAUGGAUAUGGGUCGGAUGCCAGUUUAUUUUCGUUACGGAUACAAGGACUGGCAGGUUAUCAGCAUGAAUUACUAAGGGGAAAAAAGAAAAAUAAAUUUGCCAUAAAUGUUAAAUUCAGCUCUGGAGGAAUGACCAUGGUGAAAAGGAAGGGACUGUUAUUUUCGCUGCUGUACUUUAUGGCAGAGUUUUGGCUCACUUCGCAGCAAGUCCUGAGAAUUGGGGGCAUCUUUGAGACUCUUGAAAAUGAGCCCAUUAGUGUUGAAGAACUGGCCUUUAAAUUUGCCGUAACUAACAUAAACAGGAACCGGACCUUAAUGCCAAACACCACGCUGACCUAUGACAUCCAGAGAAUAAACUUAUUCGACAGUUUUGAGGCUUCAAGAAGAGCCUGUGACCAGUUGGCGCUGGGCGUCGGUGCUGUUUUUGGACCCUCUCACAGCUCAUCGGUCAGCGCGGUCCAGUCUAUCUGUAAUGCCCUGGAAGUCCCUCACAUCCAGACACGCUGGAAACACCCAUCAGUGGACAACAAAGACAGCUUCUACAUUAACCUGUAUCCUGAAUAUGCCUCUAUAAGCAGAGCUGUGUUGGACAUAGUGCAAUUCUACAAGUGGAAGACGGUUACUGUGGUCUAUGAGGAUGCAACUGGCCUGAUUCGUCUGCAAGAGUUGAUCAAAGCUCCAUCCAGAUACAGCAUUAAAAUAAAGAUCCGGCAGCUGCCCACAGGAAGUAAAGAUGCCCGUCCCCUGCUGAAAGAAAUGAAGAAAGGGAAGGAGUUCUAUGUCAUCUUUGACUGCUCUUACCAAACAUCAGCUGAUGUUCUCAAGCAGAUUCUGUCCAUGGGAAUGAUGACUGAAUAUUACCACUUUUUCUUCACCACACUGGACCUGUUUGCCCUUGAUUUGGAGCCGUACCGCUAUAGCGGGGUCAACAUGACGGGGUUCAGAUUGCUAAACAUAGACAAUCCUCAUGUGGCUUCGGUGGUCGAGAGAUGGGCCAUGGAGCGACUGCAGGCACCUUCCAAAGCCGAGACUGGAAUGAUGGAGGGGAUGAUGACAACUGAAGCAGCUCUGAUGUACGACGCCGUCUACAUGGUGGCUGCUGCCUCACAACGCACCUCUCAGAUCACUGUGAGCUCCCUUCAGUGCCACCGACACAAACCCUGGCGCUUUGGAUCACGCUUCAUGAGCAUGCUCAAAGAUGCACAGUGGAACGGCUUGACAGGACAAAUAAUAAUAAACAAGACGGACGGUCUGAGGAAAGAAUUUGAUUUAGAUGUCAUCAGCCUGAAGGAGGACGGCUUGGAGAAGACAAACACAGGCAACAACCGCUUGAAUAAAGUGUGGAAAAAGAUUGGUGUGUGGAACUCCCAAACAGGCCUUAAUUUAUCAGAAAUUAACAAGGAUUCAUCCACAAAUGUAACAGACUCAAUGGCCAAUAGGACCCUUAUUGUCACUACUAUUCUGGAAAAUCCUUAUGUCAUGUAUAAGAAAUCUGACAAGCCGCUUUAUGGAAAUGACCGCUUUGAGGGUUACUGUCUCGACCUGCUCAAAGAGCUCUCUAACAUUUUGGGCUUCUCUUAUGAAGUAAAGUUGGUGUCAGAUGGCAAAUAUGGAGCUCAGAAUGACAAAGGGGAGUGGAAUGGCAUGGUGCGGGAACUUAUUGAUCAUGUGGCUGAUCUUGCUGUGGCCCCUCUCACUAUCACAUAUGUCAGGGAAAAAGUUAUUGAUUUCUCGAAGCCAUUCAUGACGCUGGGAAUCAGCAUCCUCUACCACAAACCCAACGGCACAAAUCCAGGAGUCUUCUCCUUCCUUAACCCACUCUCUCCUGAUAUCUGGAUGUACGUGUUGUUGGCAUGCCUUGGUGUCAGCUGUGUGCUUUUUGUUAUUGCCAGGUUUACUCCUUAUGAGUGGUACAACCCUCACCCCUGCAACCCAGACUCGGAUGUGGUUGAAAACAAUUUCACUCUAAUAAACAGUGUCUGGUUUGGAGUCGGCGCACUUAUGCAGCAAGGAUCUGAACUGAUGCCGAAGGCUCUCUCUACAAGGAUAGUUGGUGGGAUAUGGUGGUUCUUUACCCUGAUCAUUAUCUCUUCAUAUACUGCCAACUUGGCCGCCUUCCUCACAGUGGAAAGAAUGGACUCGCCAAUUGACUCCGCUGAUGAUUUGGCCAAGCAAACCAAAAUAGAGUACGGUGCCGUAAGAGAUGGCUCCACCAUGACCUUUUUUAAGAAAUCGAAAAUCUCUACUUAUGAGAAAAUGUGGGCUUUCAUGAGCAGCAGGAAAAACACAGCAUUAGUGAAAAACAACCGUGAAGGGAUUCAAAGAGUCCUCACUACAGAUUAUGCCCUCUUGAUGGAGUCGACCAGCAUCGAGUACAUCAGCCAGCGCAACUGCAACCUCACACAGAUCGGAGGCUUGAUAGACUCAAAGGGCUAUGGUGUUGGAACCCCAAUUGGCUCCCCUUACCGAGAUAAGGUCACCAUUGCAAUCCUGCAGCUUCAAGAAGAAGGGAAGCUCCACAUGAUGAAGGAGAAGUGGUGGAGAGGGAAUGGCUGCCCAGAAGAGGAUAGCAAAGAGGCUAGUGCCCUGGGCGUGGAGAACAUAGGGGGAAUCUUUAUUGUAUUGGCAGCUGGACUAGUCCUCUCAGUUUUUGUAGCAAUUGGAGAGUUUAUUUACAAAUCCAGAAAAAACUUGGACAUCGAGGAGGUGAGCGUCGGCCAGUGCGAAUGGCACAACAAGUAUUAACAAAGACUGUUAUGACCAUACUACACGUUUGUGUUGUCGUUCCAGGACUACAGCAAUCACUAGGCCAAUAAAAACUGAAGUCUGAAUGUGUCGAACUGCAUUGUUACAAUCAAAACAAGUUUUUAAGGCAAAGUUUUGUGUUUUCAGUAGUUUUUAUGUAGAGCACACAAACAUUUUAGUCUCGAUUGGAAGAAUAGGUUAGAAACCCUUUUUAUGAUGAUGACAGAUUGUUGUUGACUUCUGACAUCGUGACUCUUGACCAUCUUGGCCUUGCUCUUUGUUUUUGUUUUUUUAAACAUUACUCCGUGUGAGAGAAAUGUCAUUUUCAUGGUGUUAUGGGUAAGUGAUGGUAAGUGGUAUCUUUCCAGUAAUGACCGAUUCUCUUAUGACACGUUUGUGAUUUUCAUAUUUACAGCGCACGGGAACUUUGACACAUUUACAAACUUGUUGAUUUAUUUGACAGUUUAUGAGUGAGUACUCCCUCAACAUCUUAUUCAUCAAGUUGCUUAAUGUCUGUACUUUUUUUGUAUCAUAUGAAGUUUAUGAAAUGCAUGGAUACGUUUUGUCAUGUUGGAGCUGUUUCAAAAUGACUAAAAAUAUGUGAGAACAUUACAUCCUUUAACCUUUAACUUUUUGAUUGUUUUGCUUUUGAUCCUGGGCCUUCACUGGAUCGGGCCUCAACUUACACGCACUUGAGGUUGCAUUUAGAAAACUAAAGCCUUGUAACUCUAAUAUGACUUUUAUAUUGCAGCCGUCUCCCUUUCUCACAUUCAGUUGUGAUGUUUUUCAGUCUGUCUUUUCUGAGAAACGGCUUUCAUGAGACACAUUUACUCACGUUAUCCAAGAAAAGAGGUGAUGUGAUUACUGACUUUGGGUUUUUUGGCUUUUGGGUUUGAACUGCACUUUUUUUAAAAAAAGCCACUGCAUUACACACAAACACACACACAACUAUAUUUACAAAAGUUAAACCCUUGGCACACAUAUAAGCUGUUGGUAUUUUUAGUACAGACUAACAAACAAUCCUGUACUUCCAAGUCACUUCUCCCACAUUCACCAUGGAUAUAAAGUCGUGUAUUAAAUUGUGCAUCUAAAACCAUUAGUUCAAAUGGAUUACAAAUAAAAUGUAAAGGAUAGAGAUGUAACCUCAGCAUUCAAGAAAAAAAUGGGUUUGAUGACACAUCCUACAGUCCAUUCAUCCCUGAUUCACCUUUCUCUUUGCCUACCUGUUUCCCCUCAAUAAGGCAUAGCUUUGAAAAUAAAAUCCUCAUCCUCAUCAUUAUAAAGAUCCACAUUAAACAUUCCUGGUUUAAAAUUGGCCGGGCCUUGUCACACAUAUUUGAAAAUCCUGCAAAUGUAAGGAAAGUAUUUUGGGUGAAAGUCUGAUACUGUAUCCUGCUUGUUUUGUCUAUACAUGCAGGAUUAGUGUCACAUUUCAGAUGAUGGAACAGGAAUAAGUGUAGCUAUGACUAAAGACUGUUAAAUUACUCAUUAGCUCAGUUUAGACUUGGACUGUUUACAAUGUCUAUCGAGUGCCACAACAGUUACCCAACAGAUGAUUGCAGUUUCUGGCAUUCCUAAACAUUAGUGAUGUACUUUAUUGUACCUUAGGUACCUAAAUAUUGAAUACUUGACCUAAAUAUUCAUAAAGAAUCAAAUAUUAAAUAUUAUAAAUUUGCUAGUCUGCUUGUAUGUUUAUAGUUUUUUGUAUGUGCUGAAGAAAAGUUUUUAAUAUCUAAAAAGUUAGACAUUAACUGCAUGUGACCACAAUUUAAAUGUAUAGUAUUUAGACAGUGGUAUGUUUGCAUAAAGAACACAGCUUAUAAUUUUUGUCAUGAAGCUAUAAAGAGUUGUUUCAACAGCUGAAUGUUUUCAAUGCUAACAUAUAAGACAUGGGUAUAUCUUGUUAUUAUCAUAUUUAUGUCAGAGUAAAGUCGAGUACAGGGUAGGCAGGAUUAAAGAAUACAUUCCUCUGUCAUCCAAAAAGACUUUUGGAAAACAAAACAAAAAACAGUUGCCUAUCAAUGUAUUUUUUUCAGCUUUUCCCAAAUAUAAAUAUAGUCCUACAGAUAUGAUAUUUGCUUUGGGAGCGUUGAUGGAAGAGCAUAGAGACAGUCAGAAGGGGUUGCACUGUGUCUUUGUGGCUCUAGAGAAAGCAUAUGAUGGAGUGCGAAGCGAGGCAUGAGGACAGGGUGAGGUGUGCAUUUGGAGGGACAGAUGUGUUUAAGGUGGGGAGGGGAUUAUAUCGUGGGUCUGCGCUGAACUUUUUCUUCUUUGCAGUGAUGAUGAACUCUCUGUUCAGAAUGUUUUUGAUGACUGAAAGAGAACAUUUAACAUGAAAAAUAAUAUAAAUGUUAAUUCUGUCAUUGAGAUAGGUGUACUUUUUUACUGUUACUUAAAAUACACCCUAGAAAUGUGUUUUAUAUUGUUAAAAGAUCUGAAAUGGAUGAAAAACCUACUCUGUUUGUCUUUGUUCAAAGGUUGAUGGGUUCCUUUAAAGCUUUGUGGACCUUUUUCUGCACAGCUAAGCUGAAAAAAAAAAAAAAAUUCUCUGCCGAAUCUCUCACAACAGUGGUGUUAAUUAAAAACCAGUGUACUUGGCAGAAUUGAAGGCAUCAUUUCUUUGCUUUCCUGCUUGUCUUUUGACACUGAUAAAUUCUAACAAUUUCCCCAUGACUAGUAAAAUAAUAUACUCUGGUACAGUAUGGUGAGAUUUUGUCCUGAAAUACCCUUUCUUGUGCUUAUAGUGUUCUAAAUUCAACACAGGGAGGAUUGUUAGGAUGAGAAACAAGUGUGAGUGUAAUCUGUCACUGUACAACCAGCUGUUGAUCUGAAGGUUGCAGAUCAGGGUGCUGCCUAGCUGGGGCCAGCAUGUCCCCUUGUUCCUCUCAUUUCUCUGUGAGAUUACAGUAUUAUGGUCCUCAUUCAUAUAAUCCUGUCAAUGGGAUACAACCCCUUUCUCUGCACUACCCCCAAAAUGAAGUUCAGCACUUCAGCAUGUAAUCAGUUAGGAGACAGUAGGUUAUGAGACUUAUGUGGUGCUGCAAGAAGGUCACAGACCUUAUGCAGGGAUUAAUUAUACAAGUAUUGUGUCUUUCUCCAGGGUUUAAACUAGAGAAUAUUGGUAUAUAGAUCUUCUCUCAUUAGUUUUGCAUUCACAGUGUUUCUAUUUUGGAAACACCAUUGGAGAUGCUAAUUGACAUUUCAGGAUAUUAACUGCUAUUUACUGGGUUUCAGACCGAUAUUCUAAUAAGGAUCUUGGUUCAUGUUGGUGUGCUAUUCCAAAAUUGAAUUGUCAACUUUUCUUCAGCGCUUUGUUGUGUUUAUCUCACAAGGAGAAUGGAUAAGAAGUGUCAUAUUUGCAACCAUAAUCAUGCAUUCGAGCUUAAAAUAUUGGUGCCUGCUACCUUCUACAUAUUAUUUGCAUCUGUGCCAUAAAAAGAAACUCUUUGUAGUCCUACACUGAGCAAUGUCAUUGUUAUUAGCAUAUAUGUUCUCCUUUAGCAAUGUUGUGAGCAAGCUAACUUCCAGAUGCUUUAAUUUCUAAUCUUGUUUUUUUCCCCUUUCCCUCCUGUUUCCUAAUCCUUGCUCCCCGAGUGUAGUACGACUCCAUCGUCAAGAGGAUAAUGACUUGAAUCAUUGCAUAAAAGGGACAUAAACGCUUUAUGGAAAUAUAAUCAUGUAUUGAGUGACAAUAAAAAAUCAAGGAUUUAUGAUUACAUCGACAAUAAGCUAAGCCAAUUCAAGCUGUCACUUUGAUUUAAAAAAUAAAUGUCCCAAAUAAGAACAAAGAAAAUGAGAAGGGGAAGAAAAACAACAAACAACACCAAAGAAAAGUCUGAAUGCAGAUUUUAGGGACAAAAAAAGGAAAUAUAGGCUAUGACACAGAAUAUGUAUCAAGACGGAUACUGAGGUCAAGAGGGCUUUGCAUUAAUCUCACAUUAUGACAGUUUAAGGUUUUGGUAUUCUGAUGAAUUCCAGGAUUGGGCUUUAACUGCUUUCAUUUUGUUUGCUGGUCUUUAAUCUUCUAACCCUGCGUUCUUAAUCAGAACUCAGAGCAGGUUUUUAAUCUCGCAUGAAUGAGGCCGCGGAUUAUGGGCCUCUGACCUUGCCAUGCCUCGCAGCUGCUUCCUCCUCAAAUCAAGUCUUUCGUCCUGUGUAGCUUGCAAAAGAGGGAUCAUCUUAGUCUUGCACUACAAUGCUGUAAAUUCUGAACCGUAUAUAAAAGACAAACACUGUGGAACUGAGUUUUAAGAUGGAAAUUUGUAAAUAGAUGCUUGCAGUGCUUUUUUUGAGGGUGAUAUUCACGCUGACACGCAUCAAAUUGAAGAUUUGGUACAGAUGUAUCGUUCCAGCGGACAGAGAUCAUAUCUGAUGUCUGUAGUAUUAUAAUGAUCUAAUCAUUUUGCUUUUUCGAUGGAAAACCAGUUGUUGUGCUCGGAGUGACAUCUCUUUGUCAGGGUGUGAGGUUACUUUUCAAAAACAGGUUCCAGUUUUAUGAGUUGCUCCAUGGCUGCUGGUGUAAUUACCACUUUAACCUUGAGGAUUCUGUUCUGAGGAAAACAAAAUGAGAUUGCUUUUUCUUUCAUUGUCCCCAAGUGCUACCGUAGUUAUUUCAAAGGACACAAAAUAAUAAUUCACAUCAGAAGACAAAAACAUCUUGACAAAAUUGCUUCUUCAACUCUACAAGACUUUCUUAAAGUGGUGUUUCUGUUCUGUACUGGUUUGUUUGAUCUAUGAUCCUCUCCAGUCUGCAAUGAAAGAGGAGCACUCAGACCAGUGUCGGAUCAGAUUGUUGCUUUGCUUUGUUAAGCCCCUAAAAUUUAAACCUUAACAAAUGCACAACCCAAUUUUCUUUUGGCAGCCUGGAACACGAACAGUAAAAUGAAUUACUAGUCAUUGCUACUGAUUGCUAAAUGUUACUGCUCACAGAUGAAUCCUUGAGGAGGUUGUGUCACUGCAAUAAAUUUUAACUAAAUGUUUACAAGAGUGAGAGAGGAAAUAAUAUUCCUUGUUUGGAAUAUUCUUGCUGUAUCAUUGUUGAAUUUGUGAGCUUUGGCAAAUGGCUGAUUAUUAUAAAGUAUUACAUAAAGAUUGUUUGACAACAGUUAUAAGUGAGGGGUCACUGACUAGCAGACUGAUGUGUCAUCUUAGCGUCAACCUCAGAACAUCCAAACCUAAUGUUUAUUGUGUAUUUGGGAUGUAUUUUAAAGAUUGUUGUCUGCAUCGUCGAUACCUGCAAAAGGAUUAAAUGUUGCCCUAAACAUGUGGACACUUAGGUGUGUGCCAUUUACAGACAACAGACAUGUUGAUGGCUAAAAUGCAGUUAGGAUUUUUUUUUUUUUUAAAUAACAUCUGUCUAUGUGAAGGAGACGACAGAUUGCUUUUCAUUUUUAUAGGGGCUACAGGUUUUUAUUGUGUAGAACUACCACUUCUAUACAAUAGGCAAAAACUUUACAAACUCAAAUGACUGGUCGGGUGCUUUUUGAGGAAAGCUAUCUUUCCUGCAUCUACAGAAUAACCCUGAAAUCUUAGUUGUUUAAACUGCAGGGAUUACAGGGAUAGUUGUCAGAUAUGCCGUACUUUUUUAAAUUUCCUGUCUGCAGAUUUCCAGGGUACCUUUGCUCUUCAAAGUGCUAAGGUCAUUCAUCAGCCUCCAUCUGACUCUGUCUUUAAUUUCAACCUUUUUUAGAGCCUGCUGAAUUAUUCUUUGCAAAGCCACUGCAGAAGUACUAAGUCUCUAGACAACUAUGUUACAUAUUGUGUUUAUAGACAUGAACUUAUGAAGACAUGAACUUGUAUUGUUGAUUUUGUUGGUUAAAGUUUUUUAACUUUGAAGGUUAAAGUUAAUUUGUUGGCAUGGCCAAAAGAUUUUAGUAGGAGCCAGAGAUAAAUCACAAGAUUUUUUGUUUGUUUGUUUUUUAAACCCGGGUUUGUUACUGGGUUUUCAUUUACUCAAUUAAAUAAGUUUUGUUUAAUACAUGAUGAGAUAACAGGAAAUUGUACAUUUUUCUGUCAGGUGGAUUAGCACAAACUCCUUGCCUUCCCUUAUUUAGAGUUCAGUGUGCAGUUACCCUCCCUGAAGGUCUAGUCUGAGCCUCUUAUGUUACUCUAGUCACGUCUGUCUCAUCUGGUGAGGUAGAGUUAUACUUCCAUCUACUGGCCAAACUCUGGUAGCGCACACAACCAAAGAUUGGAAGUUGAAAUAAAACAAUGAAUGAUAACAAAGUGUUGUUUAUUUAAAUUUGUAAUCCAUAAAAGCAUUUAAUAAAAAUACUGAACAUGCAGACAAAAUAACAUGUAACACAAUGCCAUCAAUAUUAGCUCUGGGUUAAUGUGCAAUAGUGCUUGAAACAAGCAUAUACAAAGAUGCCCUCAUCUUUUUGAAUCCAUAUUACACAAUUGCAUAAGGCACAUUUUGCAUAAAAUGAAAUAACUUCUUAUGUUCCCUUGUAACACUUUUAGACCUACUAGAGUUUAAAAUACAUUAGUAUUCAAAUAAUGCGGUUGAAAAGUUAGGUUAGCUGUGUAAAUUUGUUAGUCUACUGGA